UGUUAUUCGCGUAAAUUAGCAAAAACUUUAAACAAUAUCCUUUUGACAUACCGUUGAUUCGAAUUUACGGAAGUGAGGAAGAAGAAGAGAAAGAAUGCAAUCGCCAUUGAUGGACGCUACAAGAACCUUUUGGAGUAAUUCAAGCACACAGUUUCUACGAUUUAGUCCAUCUUCAUCUCUUAAUUUAACCACUCUCCGACAGCCAUAUUCGCGUAUUUGGUGCAGCAGCUUAAACCCUAACAAUCGCCGAAUAGCGAGAGUGAAGGCACCGAAAGGAAAGGGGAAGGAUAAUGUUUGGAGUAUCGAUAAUGAUGCGGCUAAUGAGAGUCGAGGAGGAGAUAGGCGGAAGAAAGGCGACAGGAGGAGGACAAAAACAAGGAAUUCGACGACGAAGAGACGGAUAGCUAGUGAGAGCGAUGAAGGAAUAAUGGUUUCUGGUUCGAUGUUAAUAGAGACGGAGAAGGUUUUACAAACUCAGGAACCUGUGAUUAUGCCAAAAUGGAACACAUUUGCAAGCAGUGUUAGUGGCAUAUGGAAGGGAACAGGAGCAGUGUUCUCACCUAUCACUGCUAAAAUGGAGCCCAUUGAUGUUGGAAGAAACAACGAACAUCAAUUUGACUGCUACACUCUUUCUCGGAUCGAAGCAGUACCAUCAACAAACGGAACACAUGAAUCUCACAUUCAAAGAACUGUAAAUUGGGUGACUUUAAACCCUCAUGGUGAAAACAGACCUGUGAACAAAAACAAAGAGGACGCAUCUUUAUCCACCAUAGAAGCGUUUGAUGGAAGGAAAACAAACCAUGUAAUCCCAAAAUUCGAGUCUUUUAACUUUGAAACAAGUGAUGUAAUGGAAGAAGAUCUCAUGGGUAUGGAGCCUGGUCUUGUCUUUUUCGAGGAUGGCUCAUAUUCAAGGGGUCCAGUUGACAUACCUGUUGGAGAAGUUGAUGAUUCCAAUUACUUCCUAUCCCCAACUUUCAAAUUUGAGCAAUGUUUAGUUAAAGGGUGUCACAAAAGACUACGUAUUGUCCACACUAUAGAAUUCAGUGAUGGUGGCUCGGAUAUUCAAAUCAUGAGGGUAGCUGUUUACGAAGAGCAAUGGGUCGGUACCGCUCAUCUUUCUGACAAAAGUGACGUGGAUUUUGACGUGAAGCCAUUUUCUCAAAGAAAAAGAGUGCAACCAUCGGAAUUGAGCGGAUCAUGGAAGGUGUUUGAGACGAGUGCCACACCGAUUUAUGGCGGGGAGGCGGCGGUUAUGGAUGAUAACGAGGAGGACCCGCCGUAUGUUUAUCUUUGUACGGAGACUUUGAAGAAGAGGAGUUUGCCGGAAAUGGCAAUUUACUUUGGGGAGGAGGAGGUGGCGGACAUGGUGGAUGUUACGGUGUUAUGGUUGCCUGGCGGUGUUACGGGUUAUGUUGAUGUAAGUAAGGAUGGUGUGUUGUGUAUUGGUGUUGGGUGGUAUUCUGAUGAAGGGAUUAAUCUUGUUAUGGAAAGGGAUUAUGGAAGGGAUGGGAAGUUGAAGGAGGUUAGAUCCAAAACUGAAGUUAAGAGAAGGUGGACUGAUUCACCUCCUUUUUAAGCUGUGGAAAAAAAGAUUCAGAAUUUUAUAGAAAAAAAAGAGGUGGAAAGUCAUGUGUAAUGUGGUGUUUUUACUAUAACUUGUAUAAAGCAAUAGAAGGUUUUUACUAUAAAAGAAAGUUUUUACUAUAACUUGUCUUGUUGAUAAAGCAAUAGAGUCUAAUGAGGAGUCCAAAGGGUAUUUUUUUUUGUAAAUGGGUCAUGUUUGUUAAAUCAGCACAGUUAACACAUG